AGGCGGCAAAAUUAUUUGAUCAUCCUCACCUGGUGAGCUCAAGUAAAUUUGUGUUAUAUUGCAUUGCAUUGUAUUGUGUUUUAUCGUAUUGAAUUAUAUGUAAGAUGCCGUCUCACAAACACUUUCGUUCGUCCUACAGAUCGAUUCAGUCUACUGCGGGGAAACAAUGUCAACAUUGUCAUUUCUGCAAAACAUGCUACAAGUCACCUGCAGUACGUCAUGUAAGGAAACACGAGAGUCUGUAGAUGAAAUCCCGUUCUUCUCUCGUGCACGAAAGAGUUCAACACCGCUUGUGUGGAAAUAUUGUCAUGGGAAGGUGACAGGUGUCUGUUUUAAAGACAAGUUGGCUUUGGAAAGGUGAGUACCGGAAAGGCCAGAUGGAGACUUUUUAUUCGGAAGGCGACACUAAUUUUGCGGGUUAUUCGCGUCACAAGGAAUCCCCCAACUUUUUUAGUUUUAUACGGAGAGUUUUUUAGUGAUUGACUCUUAUCGGUUUAUCGCUAUACGAAAUACCACUCCUAUAUUAGUCACCUUUCUUUUAAAAGGAUGAAGCUUUAGUUAUUUAUACCAUUCAGAAAAUUACGGCCACAUAACUUUUAGAUUUAGCUGCCUGCUGGACAUUGUCGGGGAGCUAUUUUCGGGUGGUUGAAGAACGGUAUAAGAUUUCAAAACAUAUUCUCAAAAAUCUCCGCAUACUUUAGCAAUAAUUAUUCACUGCCAGUUUUAUGACUCUGUAAUAAAAAAUGGUGGACUACUUGAUUUCGUGGGGAGCACUAGUUUCGAGAGGGGGUGUUGCUUAAAGAAUUAACGGUAAUUAAAUGUAGAAACUUGACAGGCUCGUAAUAAUUAUUUAAAUUUUUUGCAGAUAUCAAACACAUUACAAGCUAGCUGCACGAACCGCAAAACCUCCCGGUAAGAUUAAACGAGGAACCUCAAGAACUGAAUACGUUUCAUCAACCUUACCCUCGUCUGAAAGAAGUUUACCGUCAUCUGAGCAGUCUCUUCGAGCUUUGGUUGGGAAUAUCAAUCUUCGUGAAGUAGCAGAAACACCUGGUCGUUAUCAUGGAGGAUUUCAGUGCAGAGAUAGUGUCUUUGAUAUGAAUGUUGAAGUGCUGGAACAACGCUUAAAGAUAACUUGCAAAUGUAAGUGGAAGACCCAAACCUCUCUUUACAGAUACCUCUCUAUUACGGACAAUUUUGUUCUUGUAGUGAUUAAAUUCUCAUAUGUUUUUAAGAAACAACCUGUAUAAUAGGAAUACUCUCUAACAAAACUAAAUCUCGGCCCCAGUUAGCAAAUACAUACACAUACACAUACAGUACACAUAAGUUAAAGAGGCUCAAAAUAACGUUCAGCGGUCAAAUUCGUUCGACGUCGAUCCAAGUGACCGGUCACAUUUUGCUUCCUGGAACGAGAUUUAUUUUUCAGAUGUAUUGUGGACUCGUUAAAUAUAAUGUUAAUUUGUAAGGGUUUUCUUGGCUUGAAUCGGAAUGAUUCCGCUCUGAUUGCUCUCUCGAAGAUGAAGAGACAAUUGUUUUUCGAGGACACAAAUUGAACCUAACUGUCACCGUGAUCGGCCAAUCAUGAAACGUUAUUUUGUGUCUUGCUGCCUCUCUAAUUUAUCCUAGGGCUAUUUUGGGGCUUUUUGCAUUUACAGUGUUAGACCCCCGCGGUCUCGCCAUUGGCUGUAAUCGACUGAAAUUUUGUAGGCACUGGCUCAAGUAGGCAGCCAUACGAUGUUCAAGUGAUGUUGAGUGACUCAUCGGGUAAGUCUAUUGUAGGGAAAAAAAUAAGAUGGGUAUAUUCAUUGAGAAGCUAUACUCUCUUAUGGAACACGCCCAUUGUUUCUUUUUAGAUAAAUAACUUUUAUAAGCCCUCUCUAAGCUUUACCAAAAUAAUAAUAAUAAUAAUAAUAAUAAUAAUAAUAAUAAUGAUGAUGAUGAUAAUAAUAAUAAUAAUGGAAACUUUAUUUAUUGAUUAUUAGGAUAUAUACAACUACAAUGAUAAACCUCGCUUUACAGGUAGUUUAUCAAUGUCUACUUGAAUUGAUACUAUAUAUUUAUUGUACAAUAAUUAUUUUAAGAAGGAUUAUAUUAACAUUAAUUUUGGGUUAUCCCACACCUUGUUUCGUUUACAAAAUACAUAAUAUGAUGUUCGUAUGCAUAUGUUCACGAUUUGCUUUUUUAUGUAUUUACUAUACUUGGCAUCACAUUUAAGGCUACUUAGCAUGCCAUCGAAAUUUUCACAAGAUCGGCCAAAACCUCCGAGGGUACUCAAGGAUAAAUUGACGAACUUGACUUUAUCAUAAUCUGCUUCCUGCUCAUUGAUUAGAUCACUGUACUUUUGACGCUUACGAUUGGCGUUAACUAGCAGAUUGGAUUCAUAACCGACUGUAAGCUCGAGGAUGUAUAGACAUCUGUUUUCAGUCACCAGCAGAAGGUCAGGUCGUAAACGAUCUCCCGUGAUAACAGAUGGAUUCAUAAAACCAGGAAUGUCCGCGUAAAGUGUGUAAUUUUUCACAGCAGUAAGAGUGGAUGCGAGGAAAUUUAAAACAGAAUCGUGUCGCCAUGUAAACCGGCCUUCGUCUAAAUAUGUCUUACAUCCAGCAAUCACAUGGAGCAGCGUUUCAGGUGAGGAGCAGAAAGAGCAAUCGGAUGUUGAUGAUAGUCCCCAUUUUGAUAGGUUCUUUCGUGUUGGAAGUGUGUUAUUGAUAUAUCGGAUGGUGAAGUUAAAAAUGUUUUUCGGAAGUUUGCUCUGAACGGAUGACCAUAAAGAGUUGAAUGUGGAUGUGGAAUGAUUCAUGAUACUGGAAAAGAAAGAACCUUGCGAAAUGAGGUGGUUUUGAAGUCUUUGUUCGUUUUCUUUUCUAACUGCCUUAAGUACGUCUUUUGUGUCUUUGUAAAUGUCAUACUGUAUGUUCUUGUUGGUGCUCGUCACCGCCCAUAGAUUGUUAAUAUCUAUGUUUGGUGAGUAUUUUAAAGCUGAUCGAGAGACAGUUUGACAUUGGAUAAAUUUUGUCGAAGGGAGAAUAAUAUUCAGACCAAAUUUGUUUUGUGGAAGCAACACGUUGCUAAGGGUUGCAGAGACAGGAAGUUCCAGCCAUUAUAAUAAUAAUAAUAAUAAUACUAAUAAUAAUAAUAACAUUUAUAUAACGCCUAUACCAAAAUGUUCUAAACGACCCCAUCUCUCAAAUAUACAUGAAGUAAAUAAGCCCGCGGUACCUGACUAUGUUUGAGGACUUAAACAUAUUCCUCAAAUUAUUUCUCUGUAGGAUUACUUGAAGCCCACUGUUCGUGCCCAGAUGUUGCUGGUAAGACCGGCAGAUGUAAACAUGUGAUAGGCUUGCUCCUUAACUAUAAAAAUCACCAGACACCGAGUGCGGUAAGUGUUUUUGUUCUUAUUUCUUUCUCAGUGAAUUUCCACAAAACGGGUAGCCGCCAUUUUGAAUAUUUCUGUUUUGUUAUAUUCACCUGGUGAAUAUAAGAGCUUAAUACGUCAAAUUUGACCAAUCAGCGUGUAGGAUUUGUUAUGUUCACUUGUGCAAAAAUACUAAUUGCUUAUACUAUUGGUUGCUUACAUUAAAUUGGUCUGGAAAAUCAGGAAUUAGUAUUUUUGCACAAGUAAACAUAACAAAUCCUACACGUUGAUUGGUCCAAUGUGACGUAUUACGCUCUUAUAUUCACCUACAGGUGAAUAUAAAUCAAAUCAUAUUUAUUUCCGUAUCACUGGUAUCAAUGAGGGCCCUACAGGCUAUAACAAAACAGAAAUUUUCAAAAUGGCGGCUACCCGUUUUGUGGAAGUUUACUGACAAAGAAAUAAGCGAAAUUAAAAUAAAUUCAGUCUUAAAAAACACAAAAGCUUGUGUAAAAAUACUAAAACAAUUAUUCGCCUCAGACUCGGUGAUUAUCGAGGAUUAUUAUAUAUCAAUAGUCAAAGUCGCAUUUUUCUAGUGUUUUAUUGGUUGAGAGUAUAUCACGUGAGAGUGACGAAAUUAAGCUGUCUCCCUCGCAACAGCGCGAGAGGGAAACAAUAUGUUAUCGACCGGCGAAUAACAAAAAAAUCACGUGCGCCAUCACGUGAAGAUGCGACCUUUGAACAUGCCUAGUACGUAAUUAAAACUUUCGCUUUAAGUAACUGCAGUGUAGCCAGUGUUUAAUAUAACGUUUUAACGAUAAAAUAUUUCAUGCAUUUACAUUCGCUUGUUCUCUAAUUUGUUGUUUCGUUGACUGUUGAUAUAUAAUAAAACACUUAUUUACUGAGACCUCGGGAAAGCAGUGUGUUUUGUGGACCCUCGACCGUCGAUGUUUCCCUCGGCUUCGCCUCGGGAAACAUCGACGGUCUCGGGUCCAUAAAACACACUGUUUCCCUCGGUCUCAGUGAAUAAGUGAUAAAUAGUCAUCAAGUAUUGGUUAAGAAUAAAUAGUCCAAUUAUGUAUGAAAACCAGUUUGUGGGUACGUGUAUGCAAUCAAUCACGAUUCACGUUGCAUGUCCGAUCGCAAAAUUCAGCGAUAUUUUGUUAGAGAUGUGUAACUUUAAUUCUUUAAAAAAUACUAGGCUACAAUUUAGAAGGAAAGUGAUAUUAAUAAUGUAGUUAAAAGUAUCAAAAACAAGUUAUGCAUUUGAAAGAUUUAAUAUCAUGUGAAUAGAUCAGAUUCAACAUCUUAGCAAAUUGCAAGUUUUUCAAACUUGUAAAACCUAGUAUAGAACUUGAAAGCUAUUUAUCUCAAGUUAAAAUUGUGAAACAUCGUCAAGCAGUGACUAGGUUUAGGAUAUCCGCUCAUAAGUUACCAAUUGAAACUGGACGAUAUGCGAAUAUUAAAUAUGAUUUACGUCUAUGUCCAUUUUGUAACCCAAAUGAGAUUGGGGACGAAUACUCACUACAUUUCACAUUGUCCUAACAAAAGGUUAGAAAAACUGCGUGAAAAUUUUUUAAAUGAGUUAGUUGAUUUUAAUUGCAAAUUUAGCUCGUUGAGUACAAAUAAUUUAUUUUUAUACUGUGUGUCAAUGAAUGACAAAAAUAUCAUUAAUUCUACGGCCAAGUACAUAUAUGAAAUACUGAAUACUUUUUGGGAUCUUGCCUGCAUCUAGCUCUUUUUUGACUUGUCCUUGUUUAAAUUUUGUUAUUGUUGUAAAUAUUAUUAUUACUCUGUUCUGUUAUAAUGUUAUUUUCAUAGCUUAUAAUAUACAUUUGCUGUGUUCUAUAUAUACCAGUAUUGGUAUUUUUGUUUGAAUAAAGUUAUUAUUAUAGCCCUUCGUAUCUAUCGAUGACAAAAAAGUCAAAAACCGUUGUAAGAGAAGCGUUUAACUGCUUCAGACUGGCCUUUUAAAACAAAACUGCUUCUAUCAUCGGAAGUUCUCCAAGAACUUUAUAAUUUAUAUAUUGAUGCGACAAAUGUUACGGUCCUGAACAAGGGACCGGUCAUAAAGUAUUUACUAGGGGGUGUGGAGGAUGUUUUUUGGGGGUACGAAAAAAACCCAGAACUUCUGAGGGGGGUACGGAAAAAAACAACAGAACUUCUAGGGGGGUACCAAAAUCUUAAUGCUAUAGGUACGGGAAAAAAUUACAUUUUAUAAUUAUUGUUGAAUAUUGAAUGUAUUUGUGCCCAGAUUUAAGUUUGGAAAAACUGUUUUACUAUAAUUAUUAUUAAAUCAACACAAAGUAUAUAUGUUUCAGUCUGACUCAAUGUCAGAUGAUAAGUAGGAUUCAGUAUCCAUGGAACUUUUGGAGUACAAAUCUGAUAUAUCUGAAUUGUCAAUGACAAUGCUAGCAAGCUAACACAAUUAGAACCUGUUAAUGAAAGGGGGUGGGGGUACGAAAAUUUUCACUUACAUUGAAAGGGGGUUACGAGAUUUUUGGGAGGGUAUGGAAAUAUGUACUUGAAAUUUCAUUUAUCCUCCACCUCCCCCCCCCUCCCCACUCUAGUAAUUGCUUUAUGACCGGUCCCUAAAUAUGUCAGAUCUUGGUGGACACCGAGUUCCAGUAAAUUCAUAGAUUGAAAGCAAUUCAUUAAUACCUAAUAAAACCAUUAAUUAUUUCGCCGUAUUUUUGUGUAGAGUCAUGUUGAUUCCAGUGGCGAAAGUAAUCCUCGAAGUGGCGAAAAUAAUCGUGCAUCAAGGAACAAUAAACGUGGUGUUCAGACGCUGUAUUGUAUGAGUCAAGAGGAAUUCAUGGAAACUGCCAAAGAAAUUUUAAAAAUGGUAAGUCCUUUAUACAUCGUAAAUGAUAUGUUUAUAGAUUCAUAAGUGAUAUGUCUAUAGAUGCGGUCGAGUCAAAAGAGUUUUUUUUUCAGAAUGAGAAGAGACAAAUACAAGAGCAUUCCCUGGCGGAGGAACCUCGCAACAACAAUGGAAAUAUGUUAGCAAACCAACAGAAAGACAGGUUUGAAUAUUUUUUUUUUAUUUCUCUGCAUCUGUAUACUACUGCCUGUAAUGUGCUUUUCAGCGGCUGUAAUAUGCUUUUCAGCGGCUGAAAAGUUCGAGUCACUUUAAAACCUCGAUUUAAAUACAACCCUAAUCCAUUUGCCACCAUUUUUUUAUUUCACAUUGGUUCAUGUUAUUGAUAACCAUUGUUCAGGAUAAUCAUGACCACGAUAUCCUGGUUGACUUAAUAAUAACCAUGGUUAUGUGCACAAACAGUUGCCCAAAUAACCAAGGUUGAUCAUAAUGACUACCAUGGUUGACCUACCAUGGUUGAUCAUAAUCACCACCAUGGUUGACCAUAAUCACCACCAUGGUUAAUCAUAAUCACCACCAUGGUUAAUCAUAAUCACCACCAUCGUUAAUCAUAAUCACUACUAUGGUUAAUCAUAAUCACCACCGUGGUUAAUCAUAAUCACCACCAUGGUUAAUCAUAAUCACUACCAUGGUUAAUCAUAAUCACUACCGUGGUUAAUCAUAAUCACUACCAUGGUUAAUCAUAAUCACUACCAUGGUUAAUCAUAAUCACUACCAUGGUUAAUCACAAUCACUACCAUGGUUAAUCAUAAUCACUACCAUGGUUAAUCAUAAUCACUACCAUGGUUAAUCAUAAUCACUGCCGUGGUUAAUCAUAAUCACUACCAUGGUUAAUCAUAAUCACUACCAUGGUUAAUCAUAAUCACUACCAUGGUUAAUCAUAAUCACUACCAUGGUUAAUCAUAAUCACUACCAUGGUUAAUCAUAAUCACUACCAUGGUUAAUCAUAAUCACUACCAUGGUUAAUCAUAAUCACUACCGUGGUUGAUCGUAAUCGCUACCAUGGUUAUUCGUACCAUGGUUAUUCGUACCAUGGUUAUUCGUACCAUGGUUAUUUGUACCAUGGUUAUUUGUAAGCGGUUGUACACAUGCAAACACUCUACUGAGCUUUUAUUGCAACUGUGCAUUGUUUUUUUUUCAAAUGAAACGUACGUUGAGGUAAAUUCUGGAUUAUGUAAAUUACCGGUCACUCCAAUGACGAAAUUUGAAACAUAAGUUUUUAAUAUAGUUCAGGACAUUGAUUACGUCUGUCAGAGGAAAGCCCAUGAUCUCACUUCGUUUAAGUGGAUUUUCAGACCUUCUGUCCAUACUCCAUUGCGCUGGUUUCACCAUCCUGCCGUUUCUGCCUGGCGUAUAAUUGCGCAGUAGCUAUAUAUGCUUAUUUUCUGCAUUUCAUAGAUCCACUGUGGACCAAGUAGGCGACGUUUUGAAGGAAGUUCUUUUUUCCGCCAUAAACAAAUCGGGAAAAUCUCCCAAGAAAUUGUGCCCGGAAAGAAUACAUAGUUUUGCUGAAGAUACUCCAGUGGACAGACUGCCUUGUUAUCACCAGAGAAGCGAUUCUGUUACUUCAGUAAUUAUUCCAGACAGUUUAGUCACAGAGACUGUAAGUUUAAUUCCAGAAACAAUACGCGCUGUGUCCACGUCCUCGAUACACUUGAGUUACGAGAAACAUGAGCCACGAGAUAGGAGAUUGGCAAGCGAUAGUUUUGAAGCAUUUUUAGAUGAAGUGAUGUAGUCGUAGAUCAUUAUAUCGCCACAGGCUUAAGUUAUUAUAUGACGAGAUAGGAGAUUGGCAAGCGAUAGUUUUGAAGCAUUUUUAGAUGAAAUUAUGUAGUCGUAGAUCAUUAUAUCGCCACAGGCUUAAGUUAUUGUAUGACGAGUUCAUGUCAGGCUGAAAUUUUUCUCAUGCAUGACUUUCGAAAAUCCAGAUAACGUGCAAGCAAAGUGGAAUCAGUGGAAGGGCCAAAUUUCCGAAGGGGGGAUCAUAUUUCCUAGGAAAUA